AUGGGUUUGGGAAGAGGCAGUGCAAUGGUGCUAGUCCUCUCACUCUGUUUCUUGGUGCUUCAUUCUGAGAUGGCUCAUGCUGCCACCUACUAUGUUGGAGAUUCUGGGGGUUGGACCUUCAACACUAUUGGGUGGCCUAAGGGAAAACGCUUUAGGGCUGGUGACACACUUGUGUUCAAUUACAACCCUGGGGCUCAUAAUGUGGUGGUGGUGAACCAGGGAGGGUAUGGUAGUUGCAAGACUCCAAAAGGGGCGAGAGUGUACCGGUCAGGGAAGGAUCAGAUCAGACUUAGUAGGGGACAGAACUACUUCAUCUGCAACUAUGUGGGUCACUGCGAGUCUGGGAUGAAAAUUGCCAUCAAUGCUGCUUGA